CAUGGUAAUCGUCACUGAUCAACCAACACGAGAAAGAAAAUCGACAAAGGGAUAACUCUGCGCGUGUUUGCUCCUUUUAUUGUUCUCGCGUUUGUGCGAUGUCCGCCGCUGCCAUCUCUAUUUCUACCAAACCGCCAUGCCCUAUUUCCCCCGGCCUCGAAGGCUUUCGCCGCCGUCUUCUGAGACAACUUGUCAGAUGCUCCGUGACGAGCGAGGUGGCUGUACCGAUGGGCCGCGGUGGUGGGGACAGCGACGGAUCCCCUGCUGGCCGAAUCUCAGUUGACUGCGUUGUUGUCGGUGGGGGAAUCAACGGCCUCUGCACUGCCCAAGCGCUGGCGACUCGGCACGCCAGUGCAGUUUCGGAGAUUCUGGUAACGGAGGCUCGGGAUCGCGUUGGCGGGAACAUCAUUACCAUGGAGAGAGACGGUUACCUCUGGGAAGAGGGCCCUAAUAGCUUCCAGCCGUCUGACGCGGUUCUAUCCAUGGCGGUUGAUAGUGGUUUGAAGGAUGAUCUUGUGUUAGGUGAUCCAAAUGCACCACGCUUUGUUCUAUGGAACGGGAAACUUCUUCCUGUUCCUUCAAAACCUACUGAUAUACCCUUCUUUGAAUUGCUGAGCUUUGGUGGUAAAUUGAGAGCUGGAUUUGGUGCUAUAGGCAUCAGGCCUCCUCCACCAGGGCAUGAGGAAACGGUUGAGGAGUUUGUAAGGCGCAAUCUUGGGGAUGAGGUAUUUGAACGCUUGAUAGAGCCAUUUUGUUCAGGUGUUUAUGCUGGUGAUCCUUCUAAACUUAGCAUGAAAGCAGCUUUUGGGAGAGUUUGGAGGCUGGAGCAGAGUGGUGGUAGCAUCAUUGGUGGAACUCUUAAAGCACUUCAGGAGAGGAAUAAAAAUCCCAAACCAUCUCGAGAUCCGAGUUUGCCUAAACCAAAAGGACAGACAGUUGGAUCUUUCAUGAAAGGGCUUUCUAUGUUGCCGAAUGCUAUUUCCUUAAGGUUGGGAAACAAAGUCAAACUAUCUUGGAACCUUAUUAGCAUUAAAAAACGGGAUGGCUUGGGGUACACCUUAAUGUAUGAAACACAGGAAGGAUUGGUAUCAGUUGAUACAAAGACUGUCGUCCUAACCAUUCCCUCUUAUGCCGCCAGUUCUUUGUUGCACCCUCUUUCCAAUGUAGCUGCAGAUUCUCUGUCGAAGUUUUAUUAUCCCCCAGUAGCAGCUGUUUCUAUUUCGUAUCCACAGGAGGCAAUUCGGAGAGAAUGCUUAAUAGAUGGUGAACUUAAGGGGUUUGGGCAAUUGCAUCCACGCAGUCAAGGAGUUGAGACUUUAGGAACUAUUUAUAGCUCCUCACUAUUUCCAAACCGUGCUCCUCCAGGAAGGGUGCUCCUUCUUAGCUAUAUUGGUGGAUCUACCAAUACAGUAAUUUUGUCCAAGAAGGAGAGUGAUCUUGUGGAAGAUGUUGAUCGCGAUCUUCGCAAAAUGCUUAUAAAUCCAGCAGCCAAAGAGCCUUUGGUCCUUGGGGUACGAGUCUGGCCUCGAGCCAUACCUCAGUUCUUAAUUGGCCAUCUCGACCAUUUAGAAGCUGCCAGAGGCGCCCUGCGCAAAGGUGGAUUUGAAGGUUUGUUUCUUGGAGGAAAUUAUGUUACAGGCGUGGCCUUGGGACGUUGUGUUGAAGGUGCUUAUGAGACUGCUGAAGUUGUUUCAAAUUUUUUGUCCAAAUAUGCAUACAGUUGAGAAUAUUAGUAAGCGCAUUUUAAUUAACAGUUGCUCCAAGCUAGAAAAAUAGUUGUUAUAUAUUCUUUCUAAAGUCUUUUUGCAUGGUAUAAUGCCUUGAGCUUCCUAUAAUUUUAUGUUUUUGCGUAUGCUACAACAUUUGGAGCUAAAAAGCUGAGCACUGUAAUUUUUUAUCUUAUUUUGGCCUUGUUUCUUCGGCCUGUUUCUUUA